GUAGCCUCUGUCUUGACCCAAAAAUAACUAAAAAUGGUUUCUCCCACCAUAUCUUCUAGCAGUGCUUUUUGCUUCUGCCCGCAAUCACUAGCAAGAAACAGACCUGCCCCCAAGCAAAAUAUUUCCAUAAACCCCAAGGAAAAAACUAAUCAAAACAGAAAACUGAACAUAAAAGAUGCUCCAGCCCCGUCUUCAGCAGUCCAAGGUGGCGGUGAAGCCACCACCUACACUUCCCUUCCUCCUAAAGAUGACUUUUCUGUUCCCCUUCAUAACAAUCCCAUUAGAGAAGUGAAGUUAUCUGACUUAAAGCCCCCUAAAAAACAGAAGGGUUUUGGAGAAAGAUUGGAUUUUGAUGAUAAAAGUGAGGAUGAAAAUGGGAAAUUUGGGUUUGAUUACGAAAAGUUUGAGCUUUAUGAGGGGGGUUCUGAUUCAGAUUACGAAAGUGGUGAUGAUUUUGAUGAUGAGGAUGAUGAAAUAUUGGUUUUUGGAGAUGGUGGGGAUGAAAAUGUGUUUGAAGGAAUGACAGAGAAAGAAAAAGGGGUGCCAGCAGUAAUGAGGUGUUUUGAUAGGGCGAAAAUAUAUGUAAAAGCAGGGGAUGGAGGGAAUGGAGUUGUGGCUUUUAGGAGGGAGAAGUUUGUGCCACUUGGGGGUCCUUCUGGCGGGGAUGGUGGGAGGGGAGGGAACGUGUAUGUAGAAGUGGAUGGUUCGAUGAAUUCUUUAUUGCCAUUUAGGCAGAGUGUGCAUUUUAGGGCAGGAAGGGGAGGGCAUGGGCAUGGGAGGAAGCAGAAUGGAGCAAAGGGUGAGGCUGUGGUGGUGAAGGUCCCACCUGGGACAGUUGUUAAGGAGGCUGCUGGGAAAGGUGGAGUCCAAGGGGAUGUGCUAUUGGAGCUAUUGCAGCCAGGGCAGAGGGCAUUGUUGUUACCUGGAGGGAGAGGUGGGAGAGGGAAUGCAUCAUUUAAAACUGGGAUGAAUAAGGUGCCUAAGAUUGCAGAGAACGGAGAAAAAGGUCCUGAAAUGUGGUUGGAAUUAGAGCUAAAGUUGGUUGCAGAUGUUGGAAUUGUAGGAGCUCCAAAUGCGGGGAAAAGUACAUUUCUCAGUGUUAUUAGUGCUGCUCAGCCAGCUGUUGCAAACUACCCCUUUACCACUUUGCUUCCAAAUCUGGGUGUGGUUUCAUUUGAUUAUGAUGCAACAAUGGUAGUGGCUGAUUUGCCAGGGCUGCUUGAGGGUGCACAUCGAGGUUUUGGAUUAGGCCAUGAAUUUCUUCGGCACACUGAAAGAUGUUCCGUUCUGGUGCACAUGGUUGAUGGCUCAUCGGAGCAACCAGAGUAUGAGUUUGAUGCAGUUCGUCUAGAGUUGGAAAUGUUCAGUCCUGAACUUGCUGAAAAGCCUUAUGUAGUUGCAUUUAAUAAGAUGGAUCUUCCAGAAGCAUGUGAAAAUUGGAUAUCAUUCAGAGAAAAAUUACGUUCUUGUGAGAUUGAACCUUUUUGUAUGAGUGCAGUGAAGAGUGAAGGAACGCAAGAAGUGAUAUGUGCUGCUCAUAGACUUGCUAAGGAAGUAAGAGAAGUCAGUAAAGAAGGUGCAACUGGUUCGGUAAAUUUAAACCAUGUGGCUGAUAUGGUGCAAAAGCAGCAAACUGCUCCAAUAAAUGAAUUUGAGAUCUCCCAUGAUAGUGAUAGCAAUACAUGGCAUGUUACAGGAUCAGGUUUACAACGCUUUGUCCAAAUGACAAACUGGAGAUACAUAGAUUCUGCGAAAAGGUUUCAACAUGUUCUGGAGGCAUGCGGUGUGAAUAAGUCUCUCAUCAGACUUGGUGUGAAGGAAGGUGACACUGUUUUUGUUGGGGAUAUGGAGUUGGUAUGGCACGAUGCUCCUGACAAUGCUGGUCCCUCAAGUGUGAGGAAGUGGGCGGAAGAUUCAGUUAAAUGAUCUUUGUUGAUAUCGUCGACUCAAGCUGUAUCAUUGCUAGGAAAUGCUGGGAAUAGUCGCAGGUAAAUCUGGGGCACUUGUAAAAUAGUGCCAUCAUCUGUAGCUUCGGGCAAUAGUAAGCUCACGCUGUUUAAUGCUUUUCCCUUUAAUGGUUGAUUGGAGGAAUAUGAAAGCAGUAUUCAUUGAUUCUUUUAUCAAUUUGUGUGAGACAGCUAAAGUUCACUCAAGGUGAUGCUUUCUGUGGCUGCCCAUGUACGAAUAGAAGCAGGAUUACAUUCAUAUUAGUGAAUCAUCAUGUAGUUGUAAAUUACAGAUUCAAACCUACAAUGUACUUAAGAGUUUUACACAAAAAGGUAUGCUGAUGCGGAGGCAGAUUUUGCUGCACAUGCUUUUAUUACCAGGGAGCUUGAUGACUUCGCCUUUUAAGCCAUUGUAAGAGUGGAUCAUGGUUCGUGCUAGAUUGCUUGGUUCAUUUCUGAGCUUCGCAUUCAGGUCUGGCCAGAUUGAGAAGUCGUCAAUGUUGUAAAUGUAGUGUUUGGCACUUAAAAAAUCCAGUCUGGAUUUCGAUUUGCCGGUCUCUCCUUGUAUUGUUUGUCGUGUUCAGCUGGAUAUAAUCCAGCUUACUCUAAUAAUUUAAACGAGUCAUCUUUUCUGACUUGAUCACCACCUUGGCCUUAGAUAAUUAGAAAUUGUUCAGAAGAUCUGCUGAAGUAACUCCAAACAAUUUACAAUAUAUCGGUCACACUAGAUACCUGUUGUAACAAAAUGAUAGUUAAGCACUCUUCUUCCUCUCA